GCGUUUCUCCUGGAUUCGGAAAGGGUGCAACGAGUGUCCCCCCUGAUCUGAGCUCCUGCCGAUUAUUGCACCUUCUGGUCUGUUCACAACUCAAACUUUGGGUCGACCCAUUGAGUGCCCAGUGACCACGAUCUUUGCCCCUUCAAAAGCAUCGUCCUUCCCUCCGGGGCGCUGCUGCAACGAUUGCUAUUUACUUGAGGAGGGGGAUGUAAGAGCAGUGCAUCCGGACUCGCCACGUUCAAAGACGUCGCAAUCAUGAGCCUUGUUCAAGUACUGGAUGCUCUGGGAGCAUUCGAGAAUGAUCGCCACGAUCUCUCUCCUCGUACAUACUUGAGGGAUGGGGUAACGAUGGAUAUCGAUCCGCUUCCGAGCACUCAGCGCAAAGGUCUCAUUGCCGUCUCGGUCAUGGCCAUUCUCUCAUUUUUAGCGACACUCGCCUUGAUAUCUUUCAUCACCUAUCGACUCGUUUUCUGGCGGGGAUCCUAUGCACGGUAUAUCGGUUAUAAUCAAUACAUCAUCCUGAUCUAUAACCUUGUGUUGGCCGAUCUGCAACAGUCGCUCGCUUUCUUGAUUUGCCUCAAGUGGAUACAGGAGGACAAGAUAUCUGCCGAUACUGCUGGGUGUUUCCUCCAGGGUCUCUGGCUACAGAUUGGUGAUCCGUCUAGUGGUCUCUUUGUGCUCGCGAUUGCUAUUCAUACAUUCCUUUUGGUGGCUCUAGGUUAUAAACUGAGCCAUCGGGUCUUCGUGGCAUCUGUGGUGGGGAUUUGGGUCUUCGUCGCCAUUCUGGUUGUCAUUCCACUCGCUUCACAUGGGCGUUAUGUGUUCAUUCCCUCGGGGGCCUGGUGCUGGAUCAGCGAAGACUACGAAGCGAUGCGUUUAUGGACACAUUACAUCUGGAUUUUCCUGGCGGAGUUCGGCACCGUCACGCUUUACGCCAUUAUGUGGUUCCAACUCCGUCGCCGCAUCAAGCAGUCCGCGAUUCUGGGCAACAGCCACAUCGAGAGUCUGAAGCGCCUCCGUCGUGUUAUCGGAUACAUGGUUAUCUAUCCGAUCGCUUACAUUGUGCUCUCCCUUCCUCUUGCCGCCGGACGCAUGGCCACCGCACAGGGAGAUGCUCCGAACAUCGCUUACUUUUGUGUCGCCGGUGCUAUGAUCACCAGUUCCGGCUUGGUCGACGCGUUACUGUACACCCUGACUCGCCGCAAUCUCAUCCUGGAAUCGGAACCCAGUCACGAUCACAGCUACAAGUUCACCAGCAGCAAGAACCGCAAGACGGACAACAACCAUCUGACAACCAUCACCGCCGACCCCAAAUACAACCGUACCGACAUCAGUGCCCUUCGCAUGACGCGCCACGAAGAAGAGGAUAUGGAGCGCACCGUACGCGACGGAUCCACCGACAACAUCGUCCAACCCAGCGGAGUCGAGCUGUCGACCCUGGGCAAGGUGUACCAGCACACGACGAUCGAGAUCACCAGCGAGCCGGCCUUCCCAGUAGAGGGCGAAGCGAGCGAUCAUUCAAGCAAGGGGUCAUUCGACGGCUCUCCCGACAGAGGCAACGGGCAAGCAGCCCGCAUGUGGGGAAGAUAGAGACCGCAAUGGCCAGCCGCCCCAAUGUGAUGCCCGUCCGAUGGCCCGGACACCUUGACGCCUUGUA